CUUGAAAGCGAUUCUUUAGACACCCAUGUCGGGCAGCGAGGAUGAGGACGAGGCGGCAGCGGCCCUGGAAGCACGGCGCUCCACGCUGGAGCACUUGUCGCCGGAGGAGGCGGCACAGAUGCUGACGCGGAUCCCGGCGCCUCAGGCGGCGCAGCUCGUUCUGCUCAUGGGCAGCGAGCGCCGUUCCGCCGUGGCCGCGAUGUCCGCUGCGCAGCGGGCGGCCAUCGGCGCGGCCAUGGCGCAGGACACGGCGGAGGCGCUGGGCUUGCUGGAAGGCGCGCCAGCCGAGGCGGGAACGUUCGACCCUCCAGCACGGGAGCCUGCAUCUGAGGAAGGGGAGGCAGCUGGCCCUGUUGCUUGCGCUGAGCGGGCGAACGAGAGUGGCGGACCGGCUACGAUGCCAGAGACCGUGGAACCCGAGCAGCCUGCUGUGAGUGAAAGCUGUGAGGCAGGGCCAAAGAGUAAGGAGCAGGUCGAGGAGGCUGGGAAAGAGGUUGAGAAGGCUGGCAAGGCUGAGAAGGUUGCCGCGGAGCAGGUUUCUGAGGAGAAGCUUUCUGAGCAGCUUGCGGAGACGCUCCCGGAGAAGCUCGAUGAGGUGAAGCCCGGAUUUGGGGACCGGGUUGGGGAGGCCGAUGAAGCGCUUGACAUCGGUGAGGGUGAGAGAAAGGUUGAAGAGGAGAAGGCUCAAGAGGACAUGGCUGGCAAAGCCAGCGAGAGGGAGCCAGAGCUGGUGGAGGCUUCGGCCCAGGACGGUGGCGACAUUGUGGACACAUGGCUCAUCAAUGACAAGCCGGCAGUCCGUGAGCAGUUUGCCGUGCCUGUGUCGGUUCACAGACCAGUCCGCGAUGACAACUUUGACAGGGAUGUGGCGCAGGUCGCUUUUCACCUGAGCCCUUUGCCGAACACCACAGUCGUGGGGUACCUCGAAGGGCUCCCCGCGGAAGAGUGCGACGCAGUUCUGUCCCACUUUGACCCAGAGAGGCGGCGGGAGCUUUUGGAGCUGCUGACUGAGGAGCUCCGAGGGACCUCGAGCUCCUCGUCCAGUGCCAAGAUGCUGCCCCCUCGAGUGUCGCAGUUUGGUGGCAGAGCUUUGGGCUUGGCUGGCACUCUGGCGGCCCUUGCGAAGCAAGGCAUCUCAGAAAUGGCGCCUGAGGCCUCGCAGGCGGCGUCCAAGGGUGCGGGCACCGCCGCCUUGGAGAUGAAGCGGGCAGCGGCCGCCGCCUCCCACGCGGCCGGGUGGGCAUCUUCCCAGGCGCGCCAGAGCGUGGACCGGGCGGCCCACACCAAGAGCGCAGAGUACGCAAAAACUGCCGCGAGCUCUGCGCUGAGUGCUGCCAAGGUGGGUGUGUCCUCGGCAGCCCACCAGGCCGAGGCGGUGGCCGGGGCAGCCCGGCACAGCGUCACACACAUGGUGAACACGUCUCCGGCAGCCGGCAGCUCUGCCAGAUUGGCGCGGCAAGUGACCACCGACGCCAAGCAGAAGGUCACCGGAGCUGCCGAGGUAGCCAAGGAAGGGCUCGCCUCCGUGUCCAAGGGCAUGGCGAGCUUUUUCAAGAACAGAUGAGAAAACAAUGAGAAAUUGCUG